UUCACAAUGCAGUAGGAAAGCCCCGUGUGGCUGGGAUGGCUCAGUGCCCAAUCAGGCCUAAGGCUCGAAACCAGCACUAGAGGUCAGAAAGAGCUGUAGAGCCUGCGGUCCCGCACAACAACGCAGGUGGGCGUGCCGUCCGGCGCUGCCCCUGCGCCGCCCCGCCCCCUCGGUCGCCGCGCCGCCCCACGCCGAUUGGCUUGUCCGCAGCCCGUCGGCCGUCACGUGCCGGAGCGUCCCAGGCGCCUGGCUGUGGGCGGCCGGGCAUGGACCCUCAGGCAGCCACCGGUCGGGGCCCGGGCGAGCGGAGUUCGCAGGAGGCCCCCAGCGCGGAGGCUGGCUUUGCCACAGCUGACCUCUCUGGUCGGGAGACGGAGACUGAGCUGGCCGUGGAUCGACUAGCUCAGCACAUUUCCAGGGUCCAUUCCUGUAGCAGCCUGCGUCAGCACCCCUCACCCACAAGACUGAGCACGCCCACCACCAGGUUUCCUGCACUUUGUGGAUCAUUUAUCCCCUGGUGGCAUUUGGUGGCUGAAUGGUGCUGCAGUGAACAUCUUUUCUUGUCUGAAGUGUGCACUGUUUGAAGCGGAGUUGCCAGAGCAUGUGGUAAUUCAGGGUUAGUUACCUUCAGUGUCAGACAGCUCAGAACAGAUCUGACCUGAGGCAGUCUGUCUCCAGAUUCCGUGCUCUCCACUGAAUUGUGUUAUAGCUGUGAUGACAGUCUUAACACCAUGGCUGUUCUCAGGCCACUUGCUUCCUUUCCUCAGACCUGGUAUCACCAUAGCAACCCAUGUUUUGGAGGUCUACUGUCCUUCUGUAGGCUUUGUUACGUUACUGUGUGGCUUCCCUGAAUUCAGGAGGAAGAACACGGGGACUGGACAGGCUCCGUUCUGUUUUCCUUUGUGCACUUGCAUCUAACAAGCUUCAAAAGGAAAAGUGGGGCAUGGGCUUGAAUAGCGGAAGUACACUCUGCCAGAGGCCAUUGGGUUCACUGUAAACGACCUGAAGAUGUCCCCUUUAUAAGCCGAUACCCUCUGUACUGACUGAGUGGCCUUGUUUAUGACAAAACAUCUUGGAAAAAAUGAUCAACUUCAUUUCUAAAAUAUAAACUAAAUACUCCAGUCAGUAAGUGCUCACGUAAUGAAAGAACUAUCUGUAGAUUUUUUAUUGCUUCCUUAGAAAACGGCUAUUAGAAAGUUUCUUUUUUUUUUUUUUUUUCCCCCCGAGACAGGGUUUCUCUGUGUAGCCCUGGCUGUCCUGGAACUC